UCUGUUCUUAGCCGGGUGCUGCGCAAGGGCUGGGCUAGUUGCUGCUGCCAGCUCCGGAGCGAUGCUGCGAGUGCGGUGCCUGCGCGGAGGGAGCAGGGGGGCCGAGGCGGCGCAUUACAUCGGGUCCCAGCUUGGAAGAUCCUUUACAGGAUGGGUGCAGCGAACUUUCCAGAGCACCCAGGCAGCUGCUGCCUCCCAGAAUUCCUGUGCUGUUGAUGAUAAUAAGGUCACUGCCCCUGUUCCAGAGGACUGCCCUGUCUGCUCAUACAAUGAAUGGGACCCCCUGGAGGAAGUAAUUGUGGGGAGAGCUGAAAAUGCCUGUGUCCCUCCUUUUUCUGUGGAGGUUAAGGCCAACACAUAUGAAAAGAACUGGGAAUUCUAUCAGAAGUUUGGAGGACAGAGCUUCCCCAGAGAUCACUUAAAAAAGGCUAUUGCUGAAAUUGAGGAAAUGUGCAAUAUUCUGAAAAUGGAGGGAGUAAUUGUCAAGAGGCCUGAGCCAAUUGACUGGUCAGUCAAAUAUAAAACACCUGACUUUGAGUCUACAGGUAUGUAUGCUGCCAUGCCAAGAGACAUCUUGUUGGUAGUUGGAAAUGAAAUUAUUGAAGCACCAAUGGCUUGGCGUGCUCGUUUCUUUGAAUACAGAGCAUACAGGCCAGUCAUCAAAGACUACUUCCACCGGGGUGCCAAGUGGACGACUGCACCCAAACCCACAAUGGCUGAUGAACUCUAUUACCAGGAUUACCCCAUCCACUCCGUACAAGACCGACAUAAACUGGCUGCUCAGGGAAAAUUUGUGACAACUGAAUUUGAGCCAUGCUUUGAUGCUGCUGACUUCAUUAGAGCUGGAAGAGAUAUUUUUGUGCAGAGAAGCCAGGUUACUAACAAUUCAGGCAUUGAGUGGAUGCGGAGACAUCUUGCACCAGAAUAUAGAGUUCAUACUUUGUCCUUUAAAGAUCCUAAUCCUAUGCACAUUGAUGCCACGCUUAACAUCAUUGGGCCUGGUCUUGUGCUGUCCAACCCAGAUCGUCCGUGCCACCAGACUGAAUUCUUCAAGAAAGCAGGCUGGACAGUGAUUUCUCCUCCAUUGCCACUUAUCCCGGAUGACCACCCAUUAUGGAUGUCUUCAAAAUGGCUCUCCAUGAACGUCUUAAUGCUGGAUGAAAAACGAGUGAUGGUGGAUGCCAAUGAGAUUCCAAUUCAGAAGAUGUUUGAAAAUCUAGGCAUUUCUACAAUUAAAGUGAAUAUUCGCCAUGCCAAUUCCUUGGGAGGUGGUUUCCAUUGCUGGACAUGUGACAUUCGCCGCCGUGGUACCCUACAGUCUUAUUUAGACUAGUCUUCAGCAGAUGAGCAACCAUGGUCCAGUUUGUGUUAAAUAAGCAUAGGCAAUGAACAAACUUACUUCCACUUUUCUGCUAAAACAAAUGCAUGAGCUGUAGUGCUUAAGCAGUGGUGUCCCUUACAGUGGUCUGAACAGAUACUCCACUCUUCAUUUUUUUUAAUUAAUAAGUAAAAAGGGAUUUUA